UUAAAAAGUGGAAAUGUGAGAGAGAAGAGGGUGAUGUGCUGUGUGAAGAAGCCAAGUAAGCGAAUGUUAGAGAAGACUGUAAGAACAAGCUUUUGGCUUACCGUCUGAGGAAUCAAAGAAUCUUUUUUUUUUCCUGGGCGGUGAAGAAGGGAGCUGAAGAAGUGGUACACUUACUGGGAUUUGCUUAGAUUUCUUUCUUGUGCAUGAGCAAAUGUUAAUUGUCUUGGAAUUAUGUAAUUUGAAGAGAUCAUCUCCUGGGUAGUCAUUUGAACAGGAUAUUGGACAUGAGUAUGCUGGUGGGGACAUGCUCGAGCCAAGGGAAGCUGAUAUACCUGCCCUGUUUCUGUUUUUGGUUGUGCUCCCUUUGGUUGCUUAUGUCUUACUUGGAAAAUGGAGUGAAUCUGCUAAGAAGAGAGAUAGGAUAAAUUUACUUGCUGAGAUUGCUGCUGAAGAAGCUCGUAGAGCAGAAGCAAUGGCUGUUGCUGAUGUUAUUCCUCUUGUGGCUUCAACAAAAAAUGGAAACCAUGCAUGUGCAAGGUGCUUUAGUCCAGCUACAACUCGCUGCUCCAAGUGCAAGUCUGUUAGAUAUUGUUCUGGGAAGUGUCAGAUUAUUCACUGGAGGGAAGUCCACAAGCAAGAAUGCCAGCAAAUGAAAAGCACCAACUCAGGCUCACCUCUUAUGACCUCUUCAGUUGAAGAUUCUAUGUAUGAGAGGUUCUUACCUAAUGAUGCCAUGAAUUCUUCGUAUGUUGGGUACAACAUUGAGCAGACUAUGGUGGAUACCGAAGCUCCAGAAAAUAUAAUUUAUUCCUCAAUUAGCAAUGGUAUCUCUGCUACAAUUGAUCGUUCAGCUGUUGAUGCACCUCAAGUGUCUGUGCCAGAGAGAAGAAGUGCAGAAAAACGUGCUUCUCGUAAAUCCAACAAAGAAACAGUGAGAAGGAAGGAUACUGCUGCACCAAAUUCUUCUGCCGAACUCAGUGGGAGUUGGAGUGAUUAUACAACCUCUUCAAAUGUUGUUUCAUCAAAAGAUGUUUUAAAGGGCCAUAGGGUUAGCAUCUUUAUAUUUGUUUUGUUAUUAGCGUUCUUUGUAUUUGAUCAUAUUUUCCAUGUAAUAAACUUAAUGAACUGUUUAUUGCAGUCAAGAAACAGUGAGACUUUCAUAUCAGAAGAAUCUACAAACAAGCAGAGUGUUAAUAUCUCUGAUGUUUAUAUUCAUGAACGAGCUUCUCCAGGAAGUAUAGUGCCUGAGAAUGGUACAAAUGGAAGUCAAUAUUGGAACACAUUAGAACCAGAAAACCAUCAUGGAUUCUCAUGCUCAUCUUAUUCAUCCAAGAAUGGAUCCAAUGGGUAUGACAUUGGGAAGGACUUUAAUCAGAAUGUUGGAAACCUAUUAAAAGUGGAAACUACUUCCCAUAAUGAACAGGUUGAAUUUGAAUGUUCUCCCGAAAUGACCGUGAUAAAGGGAGGUACUAAACCUAAAAGACCACCAUAUUCUCUUGGAAGCAAGAGUUGUAAGUUGCCAAAAUCAACUUUGAAAGAGAAGGAGGAGCAGUUCUGCUCAGAAAGAGAGUGGAAGGGGCAGGUUCUUGAAUCAAAAUCCUCUAGAUUGAAGGAUGCUCCCAUACAAGCUAGUGAUGGAGGUGCAAACACACGGAUUUUGAAGACGCUGGGCCUGAAAAAGCAAACUAAACUCACUAGAAAAGAUGUCUCAGAAGUCAGUGGUGAUAGACACAAAACUAAGGUUACUCUGUUCAAUAUGCUGUUUCCUUAUGAGGAGUUUGUGAAGUUCUUCCAGUGUGACAUGUUUAAUUUAUCAUAUCGGGGCCUUUUGAAUUGUGGGAACAGUUGCUAUGCAAAUGCUGUCUUGCAGUGUCUGACCUCCACAAAGCCUCUCAUUAUUUACUUGCUUCGUAAAUCACAUUCAAGAUCAUGUUGUGGUAAAGAUUGGUGUCUUAUGUGUGAAUUAGAGCAACAUGUAAUGAUGUUAAGAGAAACAGGAGGCCCACUUUCGCCUAGCAGAAUUCUUUUGCACAUGCGGAGUAUCAAUUGCCAUAUUGGUGAUGGAAGUCAGGAAGAUGCACACGAAUUCUUAAGGCUUCUGAUUGCAUCUAUGCAAUCCAUAUGCUUGGAGGGAUUGGGAGGAGAAAGUAAGGUAGAUCCCAGAUUGCAGGAGACAACUUUUGUACAGCAUACUUUUGGGGGGCAUCUAAGAUCGAAGGUCAAGUGUUUGAGAUGUCGUCAUGAAUCUGAAAGAUAUGAAAACAUUAUGGAUCUUACAUUGGAGAUAUAUGGUUGGGUUGAGUCACUUGAAGAUGCAUUGACACAAUUUACAACUCCUGAAGAUUUGGAUGGAGAAAACAUGUACAGAUGUGGAAGGUGUGCUACCUAUGUUCGAGCUAGGAAGCAGCUAAGCAUACAUGAAGCACCAAAUAUUCUUACAAUUGUUUUAAAGAGAUUUCAGGAAGGAAAAUAUGGAAAAAUUAACAAGUGCAUCACAUUUCCUGAUAUGCUUGAUAUGAUUCCAUUCAUGACUGGAACGGGUGAUAUUCCUCCACUCUACUUGCUCUACGCUGUCGUGGUGCAUUUGGAUACAUUAAAUGCAUCUUUUUCUGGGCAUUAUGUUUCAUACGUUAAAGACCUGCAAGGAAAUUGGUUCAGGAUAGAUGACACUGAGGUCCAGCCAGUUGCAAUGAGCCAUGUUAUGUCAGAAGGAGCGUAUAUAUUAUUUUACAUGAGGUCUUGCCCGCGACCUCAAAAAACACUUACUGGAAGAGCCAUCCAGCAGCAAGUUCCAGAAUUCACAACUCAUUGUACGUCAAAGCCUUCAAGGUCUGGAAAAGGCAAACUCAACGGUCAAUAUGUUGGUCCAGAGUCUUUUUCCGAUGAUAUUAGAGCUGGAAUGGGUGAUGGUUUUACUCACCACACCUCAAACAACAUCCUUAGGAGUGCAAACAGGAAUGUUGUUCCGGCUAUGGAAACAAGACUCCCAAACGGAGCAGAGUUUUCUGAUGCUACAUCAUCAAGUGAUUGGUCUCUCUUUACCAGCUCAGACGAGGCAUCUUUCACAACUGAGAGUACCAGAGACUCUUUCAGCACUGUAGAUUAUGCUGAUACGGGCAAUGUGGAUCCCAUCUCAUCAAUCUUUCACGGUAUAUAUGCGCCAGAUUAUCCCCAUAAUUCCAUCCCCUGCAGAAAUUUAUUGAAUAAUAGGCCACAAAGUAGAUUUAUGUCUGAGGAAAAGGGUCAUAUUUUGGACUCAUACUUGUCAUCAUCAGCGCAACCUCUUGAUAGAUUACCGAAAGUUGACUAUUCACAACAGGUCAGUGAUUCUCCCACAGUAUUUUCAUCUGACAGUAACUGUGGCGUGUUUGUAAGAUAUGGGAGUAGUAACCCAGUAGAAUGGGAUUGAUCAAAUCAAGCUUGUGGUCAUUGUAAGUUCUAGUUCGUAGGAAUUCCUACUGAUUGAAUAUACGAUUUAGUAGGUAGAAAUCUGUGUGCCUCAAUUUUCUUUUUCAAUUCUUUGUUGAUUGAGGCAUAUCUGGUUUAUUUCAAAUCGAGGAAAGGAAUAUUCUUGUUAGCUUUAAAAAUAUCAGGGAAAGUUGUAAAGCAUUUGUCAUUUUCUUCUUCUAUCACUUUAUGAUAUUCCUUUUCCAUAAGAAAAUUUGUAUCUAUAACUAUAACUAAAAGUGCCAAGGCCUUUUACUGCUGUUCAUCUCCA